UUUCGAGCCUUUGCAUCAACUCGCUUCUAAAUUAAAACAAAAUUUAUAUUUUCCUUUAAAUUUUUAUCGCAAUUCAAGUCAAUUUCAAAAUGUGCGGAGGCGGUUGCGGUAGUGGCCCAUGCGGAGGCUGUGGCCCAUGCGGUGGUUGCGGACCCUGCUGCGGCUGCCCCACGCGCUACUUGAAGAGAUCAGAGGAGCAUAUGCCCUGUGUGUGGUGUGCACCAUGCAAAGCUCAUUGCUACAACACCCCACCCAAGUGCUGCUGCUAGGGGCCUUAAGCUUUGCAUUCGUACGGAGUCUCCUUUAAGGAAAAUCUAAGAGCUAAACACCUACUCCACUACUUAUCCUAUUCUUACUGUCGAAAAAUAAGAGGAAUUAUCCCCAGCUGAAGUCAGCUUCGAUUAAUAGUAUUUGUAAACGUGUGAAGCACGUCAAUUUGGAAGCAAGUUGGACCU